AUGGACAUUCGAAUAGUAUUUCUUCUGUCUUUGCUUAAGUGGUCCUUUGUGGGCUCCACCUUGAUAUACAACACUAACUCUGAAUUUGGUAUAUUCAUGGCCAUAUCCGUGCCUCUCGGUUUGCAGAAUCGCAAUGUAUUUCUUUCGUACAAUUACGAAUUUAAUUACUAUCAACCGGAGCACAUUUACAAGUACCCUCCGAUUUUGAUGGGUGACAACUGGGAGGAUAGUUACUUGACCUAUAACACGACUGGAGGUGUCGAUUUCUUAGGGGGUUCUAGCUCAAGGAAGUUGCGUCCUUGUCGCUCUUUACCUGCCAUGAGUCGUACCAAUUUCUAUAUAAUGCUAACAGAUAAAUUGGAGAGAUCCGGCUAUCCUGGUGAGCCCUGUUUGCUUCGCUUGAUUUGUGAAACAAAUGCCUCGACUUUGGGACAAGUCAAUGGACUCUUGGGCAGCAUAGUGCAUAUCAUAUUCACGCCCAGUAGCUCGAGUGACGAAAACCUGGUCAGCGAUUAUUACCAGGCCGAGUGGGAUGGGUUUUGGCAUGGAGACUGCUCUUCGUACGUCAGCCUGUGUGGGGAGAAUGUUUUGGACCUGAUUUCAAGGCCGUUCUAUGAUCUCCUGCUGGAUGUUAUGAUCAAACGAAAUAGUAGAAAAUAA